CGCCUCGUGCGCAAAGAUUCCGGAUUAAACGGCACGUCGUCAAUUGCCAUAGCACUGGCUGGCUAGCGAGUCAGUCGAUGCUUGGCGCUGGUGCCGACAUAAACGCGCCUUAUUGACAGUCCGCUCCAAGUAGCAGUGCCUCUGGUUAUUGUUGAUUAUUGCUGUUGUUUUUAUUGUUUGAUUUCGUUGAUUUGAUUUGCGCUGCAAUAGCUCGGGCUGGUAAACAAUAACGCGAUGCGAUCGCGCGCACACUUGAACGGAGCAAAGACUAAUAAAGAGACUGCUAAAGGAAUUGUGCGAGCGAGACAGCACUAGUGACGGCGACAGCCAUAAAAAGCGUGUAAAACGGUUAAAUAACAAAAUAUAGGUACAUUAUUGAAUAUAAGCUAUAAUAAACGCAAGCGAACAUAUAUACCGAACGUAUCUAGAGCGCAUUGAUAGACAGACAAUAACAAGAGCAGCAGCGAUGGAGCUGUACACGUCCGACAGCUCGGACACGGACUCACGUGAGCAAAAGACCAUCGACUUUGGACGCAACAAUCUGGAGCUGGGCAUGCUCGAGGAUCAUCUCAGCUCGCCCCACAAGGCGCUGCUCAAGUCCAGCGGUGACAUCGAAACGUUGCUGCUUAAUCACAAUCGCCUAGUGGGAUUGCCGCGCAUGCUGCUGCAGUUCAACAAUCUUAAGGUACUCGAUUUGAGCUCCAAUGCCAUUACCCAGCUUCCCGAAGCCAUUUGCCAGCUGCCACUGGUGACGCUCAUUGUGAAGAAUAACCAAUUGACCAGCGCCUCGUUGCCAAAAUCGCUGCUGAGCACACAGAGCGCGAAUCAUGUGGGUGGAAGCUCCACACUGAAGGAGCUCAACUUGAGUGGUAACCAGUUGGUGCACUUUCCAGAGCAGGUCACGGAGCUGCGUCAGCUCAAGUAUCUAUAUCUUGGUGGCAACAAGAUCUCGACCAUAUCCAAGGAAAUCUGGAAGAUGCAAGCGCUGCAGGUGCUCUCUCUGGGCGGCAACCUAAUUGCCGAGGUGCCGGAGUCGGUGGGCUCGCUGAGCCAGCUGCAGGCGCUGGUGCUCUGUGACAACCUCAUUGAGAAUUUGCCGACAAGCAUAGCCCGCCUGAAGAACCUCAAGUCGCUGCUGCUGCACAAGAACCGACUGAGACAUCUGCCCAAGGACAUAGUGGCGCUAAGGAAUCUGACCGAGUUGAGCUUGCGUGACAAUCCUUUGGUGGUGCGCUUUGUCCAGGAUAUGGCCUUGAAGCCACCUACACUGCUUGAGCUUGCGGGUCGCAUUGUCAAGUCGAGCGGGCUGCGUCCAGGACCUAAUGAUCUACCGCGCACGCUCUGCGAUUAUCUGAACAGCGCCAACUGCUGCGUGAAUCCCAAUUGCAGGGGCGUCUUCUUCGAUAAUCGCGUGGAGCAUAUCAAGUUUGUGGACUUUUGCGGAAAGUAUCGCGUGCCACUACUGCAAUAUCUCUGCUCCUCCAAGUGCAUCGAGCCUGAGCACGCAGCGCGCCCCACCAGCAACAACGCCAGCAGCAGUGCCAGCAGCGGCUUCAUGAUGCGCAAGGUGCUGCUCGGCUAACACCAGGCUUUACCCCAAGUUCUUCCGCUGCUGUUGCUUUCUCGUACUGCUCCUCUUUCUGGCUGUGGUAGUGUUGUUGUCGCGGCAGCGCCGCACUCUGGCAACCAUUGGCUUUAAUCUACACUUAAACAAGUUUAUGCCCAAUACUGCGCGCUGUUGUUAUUGUUAAUAUUUUUUUUUGUUUUUUUUUUUCAAAUAUAUGCGUUGAUAUGAUGGACAAGUGCGUUAAUUUCAAUUUCGUUUUUAUUCGCAUAGAUAGUUUAUGUUACUUUAAAUAUUAUGGAAAAUAAAACUUUAAAUAAUA